AUGACGGCUCACUGUAGAGUAAUACGUACGUGCAGUAGACAUACUUUACUGUGUAAACCCAAUAUCUGUGGAGUGUUGGCAGUAUGGGUAGUCCGCCGGGAAUACUCUUCACAGAAGAAUUACACUACUGAUCACAAUAAUAAUAAUAAUAAUAAUAAUAAUAAUAAUAAUAAUAAUAAUAAUAAUAGUAAAAAAGAUAGCAAGAACUCUAUAGAUACUCUAAAUGAUAGAUCCCAUGGUGAGAGCGUAACUACUAGUGAUGUGACUCUCCUCACAUUAGAGGGACUCCAUCGUUACCGUGAUGUUUGCCUUGAACCUCUAUUACAGCAGAAACGAUCAGAACUGCAGAAACUAAAAACAAAAACAACAAUGUGUGAGAAAGUUGCAGAGCGUUAUGCAGAUCGUUACAUUUUAUUCGUCUUUCUAUUAUUAACUGCACAAGCUAUUAUACUUUUUUAUUGGGUGUAUGUCUGUUUUGAUUGGAAUUUAGUGGAGCCCAUCACCUAUUUAUUGGGUUACGCCGGUGUGUGGGUUGGUAUUGCCUAUUAUGGGGCUAUGCGGCGGGAACUCACUUAUUUGACAUUUCGUCAAAUGUUAACAACGCGAUGUUGUCGUCGACUGCUGCGUAAACAAAAUGUAAAUGUGAAAUUGCAAGAGAAACUGCAGGCAGAAGUUCAACUCUUGUCAAGAUGGUUACAAGGCCUUAAAGGUCUCUAA